UUCUUUGACAGCCACAUUAAAUUGCCUUCAAUUUCGCUGUAUAUUCAAUCGAACAGUUUGAUAUUUUACAUUCCAAAUACUUAAAAAUAGUUUUUGUGAAAAAAAAAAAAUAUUUAAAAAAAGAAAACAAUAAACAAAAGUUGGUAUAAUGGCACUACAAGAACCAUCAUCAUCAAAGCGUAAGCGAGAGAAAAGUGAAUCUGAAACGACCGAAAAUAAAGUGCAAAGGAGUAAAUUUGUAUUGGAUGUGACUGAAAAAUUGUAUUUAGAUAAAAAUACCGCCGACUUUUAUUUUAUAUGUGGACCAGACCGUGUAGUUGUUCCGGCGCAUAAGUGUAUUUUGGCCAAAGGCAGUGAUGUAUUUUAUGCAAUGAUUUAUGGCGGAAAACUUGAAGAGAAUGAAAAUUCAAACGAUAAAACUAUUAACGAAAAUGACAUUGAAUUAAAAAAUGAUAAAAUAAAAAUUGAAUUAACGGAAUCACCCGAAGCCCUAAAGGAUUUUUUGCAAUUCUUUUAUAAGGACAAAGUGAAAUUAAACGUUGAACAUAUAACCGAAGUUAUGGGUUUGUCACAUAAGUACUUAAUGAAUGAGUGCUUGGAUAUGUGUGGCAAGUUUUGGAGUGAAAAUUUGACCAUUGAAGAUUUUUGCUGGGCUUAUCAUUGGGCAAUUCAUUACAACUUCGAUAAAUUGAAAAUAUUUUGCGAACGAAAAAUUAGCAUGUGCACCAAAUCAGUUUUCGAAACAGAAAGUUUUUUAACAAGUGAAUUUGUUGUUUUAAAACAUAUAUUGGAAUUGGAAUCAAUUUCGUGCAACGAAAUAUCUGUACUAAAAGCAUGUUUAGAAUGGGCCCAUAAUGCGUGCAGAAAACGUAAAUUGGAUGGUAGCAAGACGGAAAAUUUACUAACUUGUUUGGAAGAUUCACUCUAUAAAAUCCGCUUCGGUUCAAUUGAUCAUUUUGAUUUCAUAGCGAUUAUUGACAAGUACCCCGGUCUUAUUGCUAAUCUUGAAGAUUAUGAAAGUGUUCAUCGCUUAUUAUCAGGAAAUUUUUCGAAACCUGGUAAAUUUAAUCCAAGUCCAAGGUCACAGAAGAUAUUCAAAUGGAAUGAUCAACAAAUUUUAUACGGUUCAAUACCACUUAAUGAUAAUCCAAAAAAGGAUCUCACGAGUCAUUUGAUAAUUUUAUCGUCAAAUCGACCUGUGCUUUUUGGAGGAUUUUACUGCGCAAGAAUUUCAUCAAAUCAACAAUUAUUGUUUAACCUUUCAUCACAGUCAUUUCAGACGCAGAAAUUCCAGACACUUGUCAAACAAUCCAGGCGCAUUGAAAUUCAAAGCAUCGAAGUAAUUAUUUCAGAAGAAUCCACCAAAGAGUCAAGAAAUAUACAUUCUCAAUCUCAUCUUCUUUCUUCGAAUUCAGAAACAUUUUUUGAUAUAAGAAGCACACCAAUUAUUAUUCAUCCAAAUUACAAAUAUUCUAUUGAGCUUAAGACAUAUUCAAAUAAUCUUUAUCAUUUCGCAUACAAUAUAAGUUCAAAUAUGAAAUUGAAUGAAAAAAUUACCAUUCGAACUGAUAAAGAGGAAGGAAAACCGGCUUACACAUUUAUUUCUUCAUUUGUCUUUAACCCGUUGUAAUUGAAUACGUUUGAAAAAAGUAACAUGUA